AACACACAAGUAAAACAAGAGGAUUUAUCAAUGAAAAAAAAAACCCAAAAAGUUUGGCCUUUCGGAAAUUGGAACCAAAAACAGGAGAAUUUUUUAAAUAAAUAAUUGUUUAUCUAAAGCUUUCGGAGUCUUCACUCUUCACAUCUUGUCGACGUAUCACUUGAAAAGGAUCAGUUCAGCCUUGUGCUACUGCAAUAGCCGGGUUUAGUCAGUGCUCCUUUUGGGUGGGCGACCAUGAGCUUCACAGGUUCUUCUGUUGGUCCUGGUGGUGGAACCGUUAGAAGAGCACUUGAAUUUGGAAGAACCUAUGUGGUCAGGCCCAAAGGUAGGCAUCAGGCGACAAUAGUUUGGCUACAUGGCCUUGGUGAUAAUGGUUCGAGCUGGUCCCAGCUCCUGGAGACUCUCCCUCUUCCAAAUAUUAAAUGGAUAUGCCCAACUGCCCCUACUCAGCCAAUAACUAUUUUUGGUGGAUUCCCGUCAACUGCUUGGUUUGAUGUGGGAGACAUUUCAGAAGAUGCUGCUGAUGAUAUUGAGGGUUUGGAUGCUGCUGCAGCACAUGUUGCAAAUUUAUUGUCAACAGAGCCUGCUGACAUUAAACUUGGUGUUGGAGGCUUCAGCAUGGGUGCAGCUACCUCCUUAUACUCUGCAACUUGUUUUACUCAUGGAAAAUAUGAAAAUGGCAAUCCGUAUCCUGCCAAAUUGAGUGCAGUUGUAGGACUUAGCGGAUGGCUUCCAUGUUCAAAGACUUUGAAAAACAAAAUAGGACAGGACGAGGCUGCUAGACGUGCUGCAUCCUUACCCAUUUUGCUAUGCCAUGGAAAAGGUGAUGACGUGGUUCCACAUAAAUUUGGUGAGAAAUCCUCUCGAGCAUUGAGUUCAAAUGGAUUUCAGGACACUACUUUCAAAUCCUACAGCGGGCUUGGUCACUAUACCAUUCCUGAGGAGAUGGACGAGGUCUGUGCUUGGUUAACUUCAAAACUUGGGCUUGAGGGUCGGUCCGCAUAAAGUUGCAACAUGAAAGUGUUUAUCAUUUGGAGCAAGCGAAACAGAGAGGAGAAACUAUUUACAAGUUGCAAGUAACGAAAAUGGCGAAAGUAUUCUGGUUUUGGGUUUCAUAAACAUGGUAUAGUGAUAAGAUGCAGGCCUUUUGUUUGUUCUCUUUUGACUGAUAUUGCUCAAUUUGUUUAUGGACCUUGCUGGAACCGUGUGAUAAAACAUGAGACCAUCAACUUGGCAGUUGGGAUUCUUGUUAUUUUGGAAUGCACUGUGGAUGCUAAAUUUUAUGUUUUCGCAAAUGCUAUUUUAAUCGGUAUGCAGAAACCGAGCCGUCUACUUCCUUUUCGAGUA